AGUUGAGCUUGAGCAGUGUUUUUCUGCUAAUGUGAAUUGUUUGGUUAGGUGUUGGCGCACUCACUUAAUGUUAUCUUUUAAGUGUUUUAUGAGCUCAUAUUUCAACUGAACUGUAACUAUUUCCAAAAUACAGUUAGUCACGAUACUUUUGAAUAUUCAUUCGUCAUGGACAGCUUAGUUGCUAAGUACUGUAAGUGAAACCUGAAUUACUGUAGGUGGUCCUAGGUUCAAGGCCUCGAUCCAAGGAUAACCUCUUUCCUCACAAUUAAUUAGUCGAUCUUUGAUUUUCGAAGGAACUUGUGUUCGUUUACUGACAUGGGAUUACUAUCAGAAGGAAGCCCAUUGUCGUGGGAAAAAACUAAAGAGCUAGCAGAGCACGUGAGGAAACAUGGAAUAACGCAGUUUAUCAACCUUUACCACCGGCUGAAAGAUCGUCAAGGUGAUAUUUUAAAAUGGGGUGAUGAGGUGGAAUACAUCAUCGUCAAGUUUGACCAUGACAAGAGGACCGCAAGGGCUAGCCUCAGAGCUAAGGACAUUCUCAACACUCUCAACGAGAGAGAAGCAGCCAAUCCUGACACUGUAAAGGCCCUGUGGAGGCCAGAGUAUGGGUCGUACAUGGUAGAAGGCACUCCUGGCAAGCCCUACGGAGGCCUCAUAUCUCACUUCAACAUCGUAGAGGCAAACAUGAAGUUCCGUAGAGAAGAGGUGGAACAGCUGUUGGAGCCUGGAGAGACCAUCAUGUCGCUUACGAGCUUUCCUAGACUAGGUUGUAAGGACUUUACGUUUCCCCUCUCCACUCCAGACCCACAGUCCGGAGCCUCCCGUUCCCUGUUUAUCCCGGAUGAGGUGAUCUACACAGGACACCCAAGGUUCCGGACACUAACCAGGAACAUCCGAUGCAGGAGAGGGGAGAAAGUUGCUAUCAACCUGCCUGUUUUUAAGGAUAAAAACACACCGUCACCGUACAUAGAGGACCUGAAGGCUUUAGGAGACAGGGGCGAGUCACAGUCAGCUGCUUUGCCAGACCAUGUCUACAUGGACGCCAUGGCGUUUGGCAUGGGCUGCUGCUGUCUACAGCUCACAUUCCAGGCUUGUAACAUAAAAGAGGCAAGAAUUUUGUACGACCAGUUGACCCCUCUAUGCCCAAUUUUGCUUGCUCUCACCGCAGCGUCGCCUGUUCACCGAGGAAUGUUGACAAACGUUGAUUGUCGCUGGGCCGUUAUCUCUGGCUCUGUGGACUGUCGGACGCGCGAGGAACGCGGCCUUGAGCCUCUCAAACACAACAAGUUUGUCAUACCCAAGUCUCGAUAUGACUCCAUCGACUCAUAUCUCUCUGAGCAGGGUGAAAAAUACAACGAUGUGCCUCUUAUCUACGACCCAGCCAUCUAUCAGCAACUGAGGGAUGCUGACAUUGACCAUCUGUUGGCUCAGCAUGUCGCUCAUCUGUUUAUAAGAGACACUGUCAGUCUGUUCAGUGAGAAGGUGAACCAAAACGAUGAUGUUGAUACCGAUCACUUUGAGAACAUACAGUCGACCAACUGGCAGACGAUGAGGUUCAAGCCGCCACCGCCCAACUCCACUAUUGGAUGGCGUGUGGAGUUCCGUCCGUGCGAAGUGCAGCUGACGGACUUUGAAAACGCAGCCAUUGUGUGCUUUGUGGUUCUCCUCACCAGGGUCAUCCUCUCGUACCAGCUCAACUUCAUCAUACCCAUCAGCAAGGUUGAUGAGAACAUGUCCAGGGCCCAGAAGAACAAUGCACUGAACGAGGAAGUGUUCCACUUCCGCAAGGAUAUCACUACGCAGGAGACACCCCCUCAGCCCAAGGCUCAGUGUCAGAGUGCCAAAUGUGGUUCCAACUGUGCGCCUGUCUACACGGCCAUGUCCAUCGACCAGAUCGUCAAUGGCAAGAAAGGCGAGUUCCCGGGCUUGAUCCCGCUGAUUGAGAGUUACCUGAGUGGCAUGGACGUAGACGCUGACACCCACUGUACGAUACAGCAGUACCUGAAGCUGAUACAACGACGUGCAUCUGGGGAGCUGCUUACGACGGCCGCGUGGAUCCGCAACUUUGUCACCACACAUCCAGACUACAAACAAGACUCUGUGGUAUCGGAGAGUAUAAACUACGACUUGUUGAGAAAAGCAGCCGACAUUCAGUCUGGCAAGACACCCUGUCCAGAGCUUCUGGGUCACUCUGUGGUGAGCAAGACGCAGGAGUCCAUACCAUCGGCCGUGGAGAAAAUCUACCCGUGUUUAUAGUUAAGUUGAAGCUGUAAGCAGUAUUGCUGCCUUCUGUAUUCCAUGUAUGCGAGUGGUAAAUGUAUUCCACAUGUAUUAUAAUCACAUUACCAGUUAUAGCAUUUUAAAUCAUGUUUUGUUUGUUGUUUCCAUGUUUGUCAAUAUUUAUUUCAGAUAAAUUAAAGUUAUCACUUUUUUUGUUGGAACACCACUUACAUUGUAAAUUGUAUUAAGUUUAAAUUUUAUAAGAAAUAUUUAUUUUAUUUUACACUUGUUGAAAUUUACUGUACUUAUAUAAAAGAAGCUUUAGUAGGAUUAAGAAUUUAUUUUUUAAAUGUUAGAGUUGUUAAAACAACAUGAAUAAGGAAGUCUGUAAUGAAACCCAUCAAUUAUUUUAUACUACGAUUUCAAAACUAUAUCAAAGAAUUUGUGAAAGUAAACAUAAUUUUACAUCAGGUUUUGAAUAAUAACUGUCUUAAAACAAUAUUGUUUCUUUUAUUCUAACAAUCAAUAACUUUUUUUAUCAGUUAUCUCAGGUAGUCGUUGCUGACAUUCCAAGUAAUCAACUUUGGUUUUUGUAUCAGAAUGAACAAAGAUGAUUUUUUUGUAAUAUUGUUCACACACAUGUAUACCGUUGAUUAUAUUUCUUUUAAUUUUUUACCAAUCAUUUAGACCAAUGGUGCUAGUAGUGUAUAGUCGUUGUUAUGUAUUUAAUACAUUUUUAUAAUCUGAUUGAGAAUAUAAGAAUGUUUUAGCUGAA